AUAAGUAAUGUGUCAAUAUGUCGAGCACGGAUACCAACAGACAGUAAAUUGAAAAAGUAAUGCAACGUGUUCAUAGAUUUCAUUACAAUAUCAUGUGUAAGCCAUAAAUGUGUUUCAAACUUUAAUACGUGAGAAUAAUAGGAAUAGUAAACAAUUAGAAAAUUAAAAAGCAGAGUAUGUUCUCUUAGUUUUCUCGAUAUCCGGCGGAUAUAAGUCGUCAGCCAUCUUGCUAGCAAUAUUUCGGCGCUCGGCCAUUUUUGUUGCGUCGACGUCAAGUGUGGCCAGAGGCCUUUCAUCGUAGCCAGUCUUCGAAUUUCCUUUGUAUCGAAUUAUCGACAGAUAAAAACUGUAAUUCUAACUACUUGGCUUAGUCGACAAGUUUCGUUUGUAGCUCAGGAAGAAACGAAAGGAGAGGAAAAAGGAUUGAACAAUUGAAAUUUUUUGCUUAGUGAUUGUCUAGGCGAAUAAUAGUUAAAGAGCUUCUGCGGCAGAGCCACGAAAAAUACGCACCGAGGCGGAGUAAUAUGAGUAAUGCAGCCAACCAGAAUGGAUCAGGUCUAGAGCAGCAGUUAGCUGGUCUGGACUUGCAGGGCUCCCGCCAACCAAGUGGGGGUCGCUACGUACCACCGCAUUUACGAAAUAAAUCUGGAAGUAACGCGCCUUCUGGCGGAGAUCAUCAUUUUUCUUCCAACUCAAGACCAUAUUCUGAUAGAGAUAGAGGAAGAGAUCGUGAUCGUGAAAGGGAAAGGGAAAGAGAUCGUGAUAGAGGAAGAGGUGGUUCAGGUUAUAGAGAUACGCGCUCUCGUGAUGUCGAUUUUGGAAAUUUCGGAAAUUUUGGUGGGCGCACUAGACGUAGUGCCAAUCAAGAAAAUGGAAGAGAUUAUAGAUAUUCCAAUUCAGACCGUGAGCGAGAUCGAGAUCGCACGGUUAACUCUGGAAAUGAUCGUUGGCAAGAACCUAGAAACGAUCGCUGGCCAGACAACAGAAACGAUCAUAGAAUGGGAGGCGGUCGAUGGAAGGACGACAGAGAAGGAGGUAGGACGAAUUCUGAAAUCGACUGGACAAUACCCACUUCCAGAGAUGAGCGAUUGGAGGUGGAAUUAUUUGGUACUGGAAAUACUGGCAUUAAUUUUAGUAAAUAUGAGGAUAUCCCAGUUGAGGCUACUGGGGAUAACAUACCUCCACACAUCACAUCUUUUGACGAAGUUAAGCUGACGGAGAUAAUAAAGAAUAGUAUUAGUUUGGCUGGUUAUGAUAAACCCACACCAGUACAGAAGUAUGCGAUACCGAUUAUUAUCGGACGCCGUGAUGUUAUGGCCUGUGCCCAAACAGGGUCUGGUAAAACAGCGGCCUUUUUAGUGCCAAUAUUAAAUCAGAUUUAUGAAAGCGGGCCACGUCCACCACCAAUUAAUUCUUCUGGAAAGCGCAAACAUUUUCCUCUUGGUCUAGUAUUAGCACCUACAAGAGAGCUUGCUACGCAAAUAUAUGACGAAGCACGGAAAUUUGCAUAUAGAUCACGUAUGCGUCCUGCUGUAGUCUACGGUGGUUCGAAUAUCGUAGAUCAAAUGCGAGAAUUAGAUCGUGGAUGUCAUUUACUUGUUGCAACACCUGGUCGCCUUGUAGAUAUGUUAGGUCGUGGUAAAAUCGGAUUACAUAAUUGUCGAUAUUUAGUAUUGGAUGAAGCAGAUCGUAUGUUGGAUAUGGGUUUCGAGCCACAAAUAAGACGUAUAGUUCAGGAGGAUACAAUGCCUCCCACAGGAGAAAGACAAACACUCAUGUUUUCAGCUACAUUUCCAAAAGAAAUUCAAAUGCUGGCAAGAGAUUUCCUUAGUAACUAUAUCUUUUUAGCUGUAGGCCGUGUUGGUUCUACAUCUGAAAAUAUUACUCAGAAAAUUGUAUGGGUGGAAGAACAUGAUAAACGUUCUUAUUUGCUUGAUCUUCUUCAAGCUAGCAAUUUUUCAGAUCCUUCUGCCGAAUCAUUGACUUUAGUGUUUGUGGAAACAAAGAAAGGUGCAGAUAUGUUAGAAGAAUAUUUACAUCAAAUGGGAUAUCCGGUUACUAGCAUUCAUGGUGAUCGAACACAGCGUGAACGAGAAGAUGCUUUACGUCGUUUCCGAGCUGGUAAAGCGCCAAUACUUGUUGCUACUGCUGUUGCUGCCCGUGGACUUGAUAUUCCACAUGUAAAACAUGUGAUAAAUUUCGAUUUACCCGGAGAUGUAGAAGAGUAUGUUCAUCGGAUUGGUCGUACAGGUCGUAUGGGAAAUUUAGGUUUAGCAACAUCAUUUUUCAACAAUAAGAAUAUUAACUUAGUACGUGACUUGGUAUCUCUCCUAGUUGAAGCUAAUCAAGAACUUCCACCUUGGUUAGACGAUAUGUUUAGUGAAGCAAGAUAUUCUGGAGGUGGAUCUCGUCGAGCCGGAAGUACUAAAGGCCGAUUUAGCGGUGGAUUUGGUGCUAGAGAUUAUCGUCAGCAACCUAGCUCCGGGUCUGCUCGCAAUAAUGGUUCCUCCAAUAGGCCUGGUAGUUAUGGAGGAAGUUACGGAAAUUAUGGAGGUAACUAUAACAAUUCAUCGUAUAAUAAUUCUGCUAACAACGUCAACAGUAAUGAUCCUGAUUGGUGGGACAAGUAAAUCAUUAUCACCAUCUCUAUUUUCACUUUUAUCAUUAUUACUACUGUACACGUAAAUUCAAAUAUAUGUAAGAAAGACACGUACGACAUACACAUCGGAUACAACACGCACGUAUUUGCGCGUGUAUACGUAUACACAAAAAAGACAGUAUCACGUAUAUACAAAUCACGUUCGCUGACUGCCUGUGCACUACAAUUUUCAAACUAAAAAGGAAAAAAAAAUAAUUGUGUUUAUUCAAUUCCAUAAAUACUUUUAUUCGCGUGCGACGAAACACUAUUGACAAAUCCAAAUAUAAUCUCAGCAUUAAGAACUAUAAAAGAAAAUCACCAUAUAAUAUAGAAAAAAAAAUGAUCUCAUUUUUAAGAGAAUCAGAGUUAUUAGGAUUUGUCAAAUACUAGACAAAGAUAUAGGAUCCAUCCAAGGUUUCGUUGCCGUGCGUGUUGAAGAACACAAAUAGUAUAAUCAUUAAUGAAUCAAAUCGAGCAGUCGUUCAUGUCUAGUUAGGGCAUAACGAUGUGACACGUAGUAAGUGAAGAAACUUAGUGAAAUUUUUUAGAACUCCUGUCGAGAUUAUGGGGCUCAUUAUGGCUUCAUUAUUAAAAUUUUUGAAGGACGUGGUGGGCGUAUCUUCGAGAAUCGUGGCGUCUAGAUUCGUGUAAUCAUAGAGCUUUAAAUGCACAAGUGCUUUAUUAUUCUCGCCUGAAUGGCCAGUAUCUUGUGUAAUUUAAUUUAAACCAGUGGCGCUAUUUUUUUCUUUCUUUUUAUGCAUAUAUAUGUAUAUAUAUUUAUAUAUUUAUAUAUAAUUAUAUAUAUAUAUAUAUAUUUUUUACUAGGCGUCCACGAUACGCCAUACCGCCAUCGCCAUAGAUUUCGUCACGAUUCCUGUUUUAAAUUUACUAUAAUCCAGCGACGAAUGGUACUUUGUUGUUUUGCCGUCCCCAGACACAGACGACGUUGCGCCGGCAAUAUCAUGGUUUAAUCGACUAAAUCGCGUAAAGUGUUCAGUAGUCGAAAGCUUUGAUGUUAUGAGAAGGACACAGGCUGCGUCUUAAGAUACUUUUAGAAAUCUCGUUUAUAUUUCUGUCACGUCCUGUUAAUAUAUUAAGUAAGUUUAGAAGUCUGAUGCUGUAAACUUAUUGCUUCUGUAACUCUUAAUUCAAAGAGUUAUUUUAUUUAAAAGUUCGGUCAUUAUAUUUAGAGUAGGCUGGAAAUUUUCAGCAAAUAUCAGGUAUAUUUGUACCUGAAUUUUAACGUACUCUAAUUAAAAUUUCUAAACGUAACAAAGACGUUGUCCUGUAAAAUUGAUACGGUGUGUUAUAAAAAUCUUAGAUCGCAGUACUGAAUGCGAGUGCUCUAGAACGAGAAAGCUUACAUUUUAAAAAACGGGUAAAAAUAUACGGUUGCAGUUACAGAAGGGAACUUCAAAAGAAAUAAAAACAAAAGGAGCAAAAAUACGCUGUUAGUUGGCUCAACCUUACAAGAUAAAAAAAAAAAAAAAAGAAAAAUAUACAAAAAGCAAGCCCUUUGAAAUAAGGAUACAUAAAGGCGCACUCAUAUUUUAUAACUGUAUUUAUCAAUACGCUAUAUAUAUAUAUACAUACUAAGUAAUAUUCGUAAAUACAUAAACAUUAAAAUAAUUGAAAAACGACUGUGAUAUCGAACGAUCUUGCGACAUUCAAUUUCCAUGUGAAUUGAUAAAUGAACAAUUUAACGAAAUACAAAUAUUAAAUGUAUUAAUUAAUCGGUAUUGAAUGUCAGGAAAGCAUUAAGCUCAGUUAUGCGAGCCAAGAAUGGAAAUAUUAAGUCGUUAAAAGUGAAUAGAACAUCAAGAACAACGUGGCUGUUGUCCGAUCGGGGAGGGCUGAACGCUAGCCUCUUACAGUCCUAAAAACAUGUUUUUGGGGCAUUGUUUCUACUUAAAAUAAACGCGCAUUAAUAAUAGAUAAUAACGGCGAAACGCGUCAUUACUGGUUGAUGAUGUUGGUAGGGCUUUAUAGAAUGUGUCGAUAUCUUUUGUGCAAACGAGUCGGAUUCUUACCUAAUCUAUGUGAGAAAAAGUACAAAUUCAAUUUGCGUGACAACUGACAGGAUUUUUAGACAUGUCAUACUUAUACCUGUUAUAUUAAUAGAUUUAUAGUGCAAUCGCGUGCGUGAAUCGUAUGCCGUGUGACAGUGGACCAAGGUGUGAAUGCCUCUUUGAUGGGGAAUAAUUAUUUCAACUAGAACUUUCAAAUAGUGUUACGAAUAAUAUUGUUGGCUUCCGACCAUGGUGUGUGUGGUUUCAAAUUCUAAUAUGAUUGAUUUAUCAUCGAGUCUGUUUGUCAACUCGGAGGCCCUGCCAAGAACAUUACAAGAAGAAUUCACAACGAAAAGUGAUCCAUCACUUUUUCGUUAUAUAGUGUACAAUUUUACGGCACAAUUGUUUAGUUGGACCUUAGUCUAUAUAAGAGAGUAGAUCAUGCCGUAAUAUUACUAUUAUUAUUAUGAUUAGUACCACUACCGCUAUUAUUCUUACUUUAUUAUUAUUAUUCAUUUUUUUUUUUUUUUUGACAAGGUGGUACUAUUUGCGCAAACUUUGCAUAACGACUUUGCUGUAUUGCGUUGCGUUAUUUUAUUGCGAUAGAAAAAGAAUAAGUGACAUUUGGACACUAUUAUCUCGAAUUUUUUUUAAAUAUAUAUAUGUAUAUGUAUAUGUAUAUGUACAUAUACACAUAUAUACACUUCUCUCUCUCUCUCUCUCUCUCUCUCUCUCUCUCUCUCUCUCUUUCUUUCUCUUUCUCUUUCUCUUUCUCUUUUCUAUAUAUAUAUAUAUAUAUAUAUACAUAUAUUCAUGUAUUUAUAUAUAUGUAUAUAUAUAUAUAUAUAUAUAUAUAAAUAAUUAUAUAAAAUAUAUACAUAUAUUAUAUAUAUUUUUUUUUCUCUUUUUAUUUUUUUUGCGAAAUUUAUAAUCAAUGGAAUACAAAUGACUUUGUCAGUAUUCUACUAUAAAUUUCAUUAUUAAAGUUUUUAUAGCUAUACUUCAAAUCAAAGAGAAAUUCUAGAUUUUAUUGUCCAAUUGUUCACUCAGGCAACGAAUACAUAUGACGCGUCGAUGUAAGUUAUUAGUCUUGUGAACUUGAAAAUAUGUUCAUUUACGAAUAAUGUGGUGGACAGAGAUUAUGCAAGUAACAGCUAUAUACGAAAGUAUUUUCAUACUUAUUUCUCUCAUAGUUAUAACACUAUUUUUAUACAUAACAGUGGUGUUGAUCGUCAAGUAAUCACGAUAUCAUUAAUUCCAUGCGUAUUUUUUUUCUUUUUUUUCAUUUUCUAUAUUAACCAACAGGUGUUCGAGUAUCGUAAUCGAAUUUAAGCGAUGUGUAGCUAUUGUCGUAUGUUUCAUAUUUAAAAAAGAAAUUGACAAAUAUAUUUGUGCGAUAGUCAGAUGUCCACCGUUUCGUAACUGGUAAAUGUAUAAAUUCAUGUACGGUAUUAUGAUUUAGAACGUAUUAGCAUUUUUAGAAGAAAUAGGAAGAUGAUAUAAUAAACGAGACUAUUUAUUAACAUGUUAAGUAUUUAUUUUUUAUGUUACUUCUCUUAAGAAGAACAGUUAUAUAUUUGUACUGUAUAAAUACCUUUAAAUAUUAUGUUUAGUCCUCUAAAAUAUAUCGGACGAGCAGCCUUAGGAAACUUUUAUGGAUCUACGCAGAAUGGAAUGAUUAGACAAAGAUCAAUUAAAGUAAGAAGAAUUAAAGUGUGAAAAAAACGAAAGCGAGAGAAGGGGGAGGGGGUAAGAAUAGUACUCAUUACAUAUUAUGUAAAAAAAAAAGUGGCGUUUGACUGUGACUGCAAUCAUUAUUAAGAAAAGAAGCACACAUACGAAAGAGAGAAAGCGAGAGAGAGAGCGAGAGAGAGCGAGAGAGAGAGAAAGAAAGAGCGAAAGAGAGAGAGAAAGAGAAAGAGAGAGAGAAAGAGAGAAGAGAAAAACAUUGUAAGCCAUGUUAUUAUGUACAACAUGUUACAAUGUCACAGAUAAAGAUCGGUGCAUGUGGAAUUGACACCGAAUACGAUUGUCGCGUGUAGGUCAUAGUUUUCUUUUUCCCAUAUUUUUUAUGUUACCCAUGUUCGGAAAAUUAAAUGAAUACUUGUUCGAUUUGCUCUUGGUGAGAAACAGAAAAAUUUGUAUGCGCUUAUUGUGUGUCUACCUCGAGCAGUUUUCUGUGUUUAAAAUAAGAAAAAGAUAAAAUAUUAAUACUCAAAGGAAAAAGAAAAGAUUAAAGAAAAAAGCAUUGAGUUAUCGUAUGCCCGUGAUAUGAAUGUGAGAGAGAAAAAAGAGAGAAAGUAAAGUAUCGAGAGAAAGAGAGAAAUGAAAAGAGCACACGCGUAGGUGGAAAAUAUGAGCAAAAUUAGGUGGGAUGGCAAAAAAAAAUGUCUUCUAACUUUUAUGAAUGUUAUUUAAUCGAGAAGCGUCGCUUGUCGUUGAAUCGAGAACGCAGACAAGAUAUGUAUAAAAGAAAGAAAAAGAAAGAACAAAUUUUAAAGGAAGCACAGUUUUGUGCUUUCUUAAUAUGAGUCUCAAUGGCUGUGUUUCAUUUUUCUACGGCGAAUGACGCUCAUUGUAUCAUUCACUUGUAACUCUAAUGAUACUGCUAUAUAUCUACUUCACUGAGAUGGCGAGCAAAUGGCAAAAGUGUGAAGGACUUAAGGAACGGUGUAUGUACCAUUCUGUCGGUCUCUUAAUUAAUAAUUGCACAUUUACACGCUACAUUAGGUGAACCGAGAAAAA